AUGGGCUCCAUUGGUGCAGCAAGCACGGAAUUUUGUUUUGAUGUAUUUAAGGAGUUGAAAGUCCACCAUGUCAACGAAAACAUCUUGUACUCCCCCCUGGCCAUCAUUUCUGCUCUGUCCAUGGUCUAUCUAGGUGCAAAAGAAAACACCAGGGAUCAGAUAGACAAGGUUGUUCACUUUGAUAAAAUCACAGGAAUUGGAGAGUCUAUUGAAUCUCAGUGUAGCACAGCUGUGAGUGUCCACACUUCACUUAAAGACGUGUUUGACCAAAUCACCAGACCAAGUGACAAUUAUUCACUCGCCUUUGCCAGUAGACUUUAUGCUGAAAAGACAUACCCAAUCCUACCGGAAUACUUACAAUGUGUGAAGGAAUUGUAUAAAGGAGGCUUGGAAACUAUUGACUUUCAAACAGCUGCAGAUCAAGCCAGACAGCUCAUCAAUUCCUGGGUUGAGGAUGAGACAAAUGGCAUGAUUAAAAAUAUCCUUCGGCCGAGCUCUGUGAAUCCUCAGACUAAAAUUAUCCUUGUCAAUGCCAUUUACUUCAAAGGAAUGUGGGAGAAAGCAUUUAAGGAUGAAGACACCCAGGAAGUGCCUUUCAGAAUUACUGAGCAAGAAACCAAAUCUGUACAGAUGAUGUAUCAGAUUGGUUCAUUUAAAGUGGCAGAGGUGGUUUCUGACAAAAUGAAGAUCCUGGAGCUUCCAUAUGCCAGUGGGAAGCUGAGUAUGUUGGUGCUGUUGCCUGAUGAUGUCUAUGGCCUGGAGCAGCUUGAGACUGUCAUCACCGUCGAAAAACUCAAGGAGUGGACCAGUUCUAUUGUGAUGGAAGAGAGAAUAACAAAAGUGUACCUCCCUCGCAUGAAGAUAAUGGAGAAAUACAACCUCACAUCUGUCUUAACAGCUUUUGGUAUAACUGACCUUUUCAGCCCUUCAGCCAAUCUGUCUGGCAUCUCUUCAACAGAGAGCCUGAAGGUGUCUGAAGCUGUCCAUGAGGCAUUUGUGGAAAUUCAUGAAGCUGGCAGUGAGGUGGUAGGCUCAGCAGGAGCUGGGAUAGAGGCCACAAGUGUCUCUGAAGAAUUUAAGGCUGAUCAUCCUUUCCUCUUCUUGAUCAAACACAACCCAACCAACAGCAUCCUCUUCUUUGGCAGAUGCUUUUCCCCUUAAAGAAAAGAAAAGAAAGCUGAAAGAGUUUCUGUCCCUCACAGCAAGGCACAAAGCACUGCAGUAUCAAGGGUGAAAAGAAAGGCAGAGUCUCUCUCUCAUCCAUAUUUUCUAAAACUGGAAGGCUUUGUUUAAAAAAAAAAAGUUAAAUCAGAGAAAUGAUUCCAGGGGUCCUUGACCUCUCCUUUCUGUACAGAAUGAUACUAUUUACUCAUGGAUGAAAGGUUAAGGGAAUGAAAAUUGGACCCAAAGAAAGCAUGAGCAUGAACAGAGAUGUUCCUGGUGCAAAUGAUAACAGUCCUGAAUCAUCAAACUGAAAAAUCACAAACCAAUUUAUCAGCAGAAGUUUCACAAAGAAAAAAAGAAAAAAAGCAACCUUCCAGUCAAGUCAGGUUUCUCUAUGACCAAGCUUCGUGGUGACUCCUCUGCAAUUAGUCACUCGAGAGCACACAGA